UGGCAGCUGCAAGGCUCUCUCGGAGUGUUUCUGUGCAACGUGAAGGCCUCUAAAAUGAGGGGCGUGGCCUCACACGGCCGCCUCCUCUGUUGCUGCGCCUCUGAUGUCAUCACUGAGCUGCUGGCACCACCUUCAGGCUCCGCCCCCGGAGACAGAAUCACCUUCCUGAGCUACCCUGGUGAACCGGAUGGUGAACUUUCAUCCAAACAGAGGAUCUGGGAGCUUCUGCUGCCUGACCUGCAGGUGGACAGUAAAGGUGUGGCCAACUACAAAGGCAGUGGGUUUGAGGUGAAGGGGAAGGGGCUCUGCAGGGCUCCGUCUCUCACUAACUGCACCAUCAGAUAGAAAACUGCCCCCUUCUGGAUCAUUUGUGUAAAAACUGCUGGCGCGUUUCUGUUGUAGCUGGAAAUGAACUGACAGAACAAAGGCACAAAUACUUAAAUAAACAGACAAAGAAUGUU